AUGGGAUUUGGCAGUAGCAAGAAUGUCACAGGGCUACAAGAUAAAAGGAAAGUCCGGUCUAUGGAGGCCAAAUUGGUUUGGACCAAGGGAGGAAAGCCGAGAAUGAAGUUGGUUCCAAAUUCAGUACCUUCCCCAAUUAAAUCUACCCCAAGUCCGUCCAAGAGAAGGAGGGUAGAAGACGACUCACCAGACGAGGACGAUAACGCAACAAGUUAUGUCUCUCCCUUCCAACCCCACCCCCAGCACGAGGAAGAAGACGAACCUCGAACGAAGGACUCCAACGACUAUAUGACCGAGUGGUUUCCAAAACGAAGCACUUACCUACAGGAAAUCAUUCACAACGAGGCGCCUUCAGACGACGCGAGUUGGACAUGUUCUGUCUGCUCGACUUCAACAUCGCAGGAAUGGUGGAGAUGCAAGACCUGCGUGGCGUUCCCUAUCCUAUGCGGCCACUGUGUGCUUCAUACCCACUCUUUAACCCCCUUCCACCGAGUAGAGACCUGGUGUGAUGGAUACUUCCGUCCAAGUUGGCUCUGGAAGGCCGGUGUCAGUGUUUCAUUGUGCGCCACCGGUGUGUGCGACGUGGACGCUGGUAUGGACCUUCAAGAAUCGUGCGUUGGGGAAGAAUCGACUGAUCCUGGAGAGGUCAAAACGGGUCACGACGCAUUUACGUUCGAUGCGGCUCCUCCUGGUCGCACCUAUCGUGGUAUGAAGGUGCUGGUGGUCGUCCACUCUAACGGAGUCCACCAUCUCCCUUUCCGAUUCUGCGACUGUAUUGACAGUCCUUUCGAUGAAUACCAACUUCUGCGUGCCGGAUUUUAUCCUUCCACAUCCACCGAUGUCCGAACAGUCUUCACAUUUGCGCUGCUCGACGAGUUCUUGCUCGACGGAGUGGAAUGCUUCACAUCGGCUCACCAUUUCUACUCCAAGUUGAAGCGGCUCACUAACGAGCCAUUCCCGGAUACUGUGCCAAACCGUGUGAGAGAGCUCCGGCGGGUUGGGCGACAGUGGAGGAGCCUCAAGGAACUCAAACGACACGGUUUUGGCCACUCGGGAACGACGCCAGGGAAAGGGGAGCUUGCCCUCUUCUGUGCGGCAUGUCCUCAACCCGGUGUCAACCUUCCCCAGGGAUGGGAGAACGAUAAGGACCAGUGGAAGUAUACCCGAAGCUUUGUAGCCGAUGGGAACUUCACAUGUAUUCAUCGCAAGCAGCGAGAAAGGGGGGAAAACGAGGAAGAAGUGGCCCUGAAGCUCGGUGAGGGGUAUAUGGUGGAUCCAGUACGGUACGCAGAACAUCUGAGCACUGCGAAGGAGGUCAACGAGACCGCUACCUGUCACGAACAUCGCGCUAUUGCAGACAAGUCGAAAGUGCGGAAAGGACUCGACGUGACAGGAAUAGGUGCCAUUGCAUGUAUGAGGCACGGUGCCUUUGCACCUGGUAGUGUGGUGGACUUCCAAAAGGGAGAGAGGCAAAUUAAUAUGGAUUACUCGCUCUCGGAAGCGCUCAAAUACACCUCUACGGCAGGAACAAAGAGGGUCAUCUUCGCCUACGACAUCAACUGUCAGUACAGUAAGCACCUCCUUGGCCGACUGGAAAAGGGCGACUACCUGGAGUUGCGCGAAGAUCUGGUCUUUGUGUUUGGUAUAGGCCUUUUCCACGUACACGGCCAUCAAGAGUCCUGUCACGCCAGGUAUUCCCUCACCUUUAUCGAAGGGGCAGGGAAUUCCUCGGGCGAGAUUCUUGAGUCCUUAUGGGCAGUCGUGAACGAGGUGGCUCGGUCGACAUCCACUAUGACAUUAGCGCAUCGCACAGAAGUUCUUGAUGCCAUCUUUGGAGACAUAAACUGGAAGAAACUGUUGAACUCUGUACCGUCGAUCUGCAAGAAUUGGUUGAAUAGCCGUAAACAGAUGGCAAUCGCGAAGGAGGACCUCGCACUGCUUAGUGAAACCGCAACUCCAGAGCAAAUUCGACGAUGGAAAUCGCAGUUGGAAGACGCGAAUCGGCGGAGAGCGAGUGACAUUUCGGCGAUGGACAUACUGAACGCAAAGAUAGUCAAACCACCCACACUUUCGAAAACACGCACCAGGAUGAUGGAGGAUGAGAAGCAGUCAGGAACAGCGGUUGGGGUAACAUCGUGGAUCGCCUUUGGACUAAAAAUACAGGAAACACAGAUAGUUUUGAAGUCUUUUGUCCGAGGGCUUCCUAAAGAUAUGACCGAAGCUCAAGAGCUAGAGUUGGCGAAGCGUCGUGAACAGCUCUACCUCGACAUCGACAGCUUCUACGAAAAUGCUUCCCACCUCUUCCCGGACGCCGACCUUGACACCCUCAAGUGUGAUGACCCUCCAUCCGACGAGGUAGCUCUGGACGACGAUGUUAUCGAGGAUGCAGAGGAGAAUCCAUUCUCCUUGUCUCAGAACGAGGUGGAAAUCGUCAGGCUACCACUGCCAUCGUCGCUCUCGUCGUCCACGAUGGAGAUAGCGCCUGGGAUCCAGCGGGCACAGCGAAAGGAGCUCAAGUUACGGAUUUCCCAAGCGGACGACGCCCUCGAAAGCAUCAGGAACGAGAUCGGACACAAGUCCUACUUGUUUAGAUCGAAUAUUCGACUCGCUCAGGGGAAGAAGCAAAAGACACGAGGGUAUACGGCCGUUAAGUCUGUGAACAGCAGGCUACGUGACCAUGUAAAGGUCUACAACCAAGCUCGCUGGGCCUUGCGCCGAUUGGGGGCGGAGGAGGACAUUCUACGGAAGUAUAAAGCAAUAACAGCUGAAGACACUCGGGCAGUGACCACUAUCUACAAGCCAAACGAGCGCGGCCAAAGAAACAAACCUCUCUCUUGGAUCUGGAACCUGAACGUCGCGGAUGACUCCAGCAAAUCGGAGUAUAUGGAAGAAUUAUACAGGGUGAAUUGGUUGCGGGCGAAGUCACGAUUCGACCGAUGGAAGGAAGAACACACUCUCCUGACCUGCGAAAUGGACUGGGUGUUGAAUUUCUUUGCAUACAAAAUUGACCAAUGCGAAACCUGGGCACUCACAAAGCCGGACUCUCCUGGACACGUCGCCUACGCGAAUCGGCAGGGAGAUAUGUGGAAGAGGAUGUUGGCCCAUGCGACGAAGAUGUUCAAAAAGACCAGGGAGUCCGUCCUUAGCACUGCCUAG